AUAACAAUUAUAAUUACCCACCAACCGUACUCGAUAGCAAUAAAUUUUCAUUAAACUUUUCUUUCAUAACUUCACCGUAGUCUUGUUCGGCGAUGAGUUCUUAUCAAAGUUUUAUGGCAGUAUAAAAGUGUAGUGACAUGUUCAGCAGUCCAUCAUAAAGCAGUUUGACUUCUGAAAGUAAAAAAACCUCAACCCCACUACAACAAUGAAAACUAUCGCAUGUCUAGUGUUUGCCAGUGCCAUCGUUGCCUCCGCCAUGGCCGCCAUUACCGAGGAGCAGCGUGAUGCUGCUCGUCAGCUGGCGGGAAAGUGUAUGCAGCAGACGGGUGCCUCGGAAGAGGAGGUGAACCGGCUCCGAUCGGGUGACACAGAGAAUGCCGAUCGUAACACGCGCUGCUUCGUGCAGUGCUUCUUCCAGGGUGCAGGGUUCGUUGAUCAGGACGGUAAUGUGCAGACGGAAGAACUGACGGAAAAGCUGGCCAGUGAAUAUGGACAGGAAAAGGCCGACGAAUUGGUCGCCCGCUGUCGCAACAAUGCCGGUCCGGAUGCAUGCGAACGUUCGUUCCGUCUGCUGCAGUGUUACAUGGAAAACCGAGCCUCGCUGAUCUAGAAGUGACAACUUUCCGGCUGUUCUGAACCGAAGCUUGAAAUCCCACUGUUGACAAAUCUCCAAUAACUUGUUCUCUCGAAAAUAAACCAAUAAAACGAUAUCUUGCACCUUGAA